AUGUUUGAGAGCAAUUCAGUCAGCAACCCAAUUGUGCCUGGAGUAAAGAUCAGUAGCGAUGCAGAUGGAGUACUGGGUGAUGAGACUUAUUACAAGCAGAUUGUGGGCAGCCUCAUGUACCUUACUUCAACCCGACCAGACUUAAUGUUUGCAACAAGCUUAAUUAGCAGGUAUAUGUCGAAACCUACUAAGCUUCACUUACAAAUUGCAAAGAGAAUCCUUAGAUAUUUGAAAGGAACUAUGGGCUUUGGAAUCUUUUACAAGAAAGAUGGUCAAAAUCUUGAAGCUUAUACAGAUAGCGACUACGCCGGUGAUAUAGAAGACAGGAAAAGUACUAGUGGAUAUACCUUCCUACUCAGUUCAGGAGCUGUGGCAUGGAGCUCAAGGAAACAGCCUAUAGUCACACUGUCUACAACAGAAGCCGAGUUUGUUGCAGCUGCGGUUUGUGCCUGUCAAGCCGUAUGGAUGAGAAGAAUUCUCAAAGAGCUAUGCUAUGAAGGAGAAAAAUGCACCAGCUAUCAAACUGUCCAAAAACCCGGUAAUGCACGGACGCAGCAAGCAUAUAGACAUUCGCUAUCAUUUUUUAAGAAAUCUAUCAGAAGAAGGAACUAUUGCUUUGAUGUACUGUACUAG